UUGUCUUGUUAUUGUUCGCGUUCUGUUUGAUAAUGUGUUUGAUAACAACAAAAACAUCGAAUAUUAAACAUGCAAUCACUAGUACAUGAGAAAAGUUAGUGAGCACGUGUUUCAAGUAGUUCGAGCAUCAUAAUGCCUUCUAUUUCUUGCGGGAACCUAACGGUGUUCUACGUUUUAAGAUGGCACUGUACAUGCACGCCUUUCGACUCCGCUCUACCCCGCCUAUCGAGAAAUGUCAGCGGCCCAAGAUGUGUCAGUUUGUGUCAGUUGCUAAUCAGUGCUGUUGUUUCUCGGUUGGUUUCGCGUCAAAAUCUCGUUUGUAUUGUGCAGCCGCACAGAAUAACACGGUCGAUCGGUCAGCGUAUACAUUCAUUCGCACUUCAUUCCAAUUAUUAUAAACUAGAAGAGACAAAUACAUUCGGUGCGAAUCAUCAUCUCAACAAAAUGCGACGCGUCCCGACGCCAAACUAAAGUACGUGCGAGAGCGUCGUCUUUCGUGUGCGCGUGUGCGUAUGUGUGCGACCUAGUGUGUGAAUGUGCGUGGACGACGUCGACAUGCUUUGAAGAAGCGGACCUCGAGCAUCCGAUUUUAAUUAACGAUGCAGAAGAGUUAUAAAAUAGGGGGCCUGAGUACCCAUACCAUCACUUCCAUCAAGACUGGCGUUUACGAUGGGAAGAUUGCCGGACUCUACGAUCUGGAGGAGACUCUCGGUCGGGGACAUUUUGCCGUCGUCAAAUUAGCGAGGCAUGUCUUCACCGGCGAGAAAGUGGCCGUGAAGGUGAUCGACAAAAGCAAAUUGGAUAGUGUUUCCAAAGCGCACCUGUUUCAGGAGGUGCGAUGCAUGAAAUUAGUACAACAUCCAAAUGUUGUUCGUCUCUACGAGGUGAUCGACACCGCUACCAAACUGUACCUGAUUCUGGAGCUGGGCGACGGCGGUGAUCUCUAUGACUACAUCAUGCGCCAUGAGUCGGGCCUUAGCGAAAUACUGGCGCGAGAUUAUUUUGCACAGAUUGUACGCGCCAUUACCUACUGCCACCAACUACACGUGGUACAUCGCGACCUCAAACCCGAGAACGUUGUGUUUUUCGAGAAACAGGGCGUUGUCAAGUUGACCGACUUUGGUUUCAGUAAUAAAUUCUCGCCUGGUCAAAAGCUUGAAACGAGCUGUGGGAGUCUUGCUUACUCAGCUCCUGAAAUUUUGUUGGGUGAUUCGUAUGAUGCGCCCGCUGUGGACGUUUGGUCACUUGGUGUCAUUCUAUACAUGCUUGUGUGUGGACAGGCUCCCUUUCAUGAAGCGAACGAUUCGGAGACACUCACAAUGAUCAUGGACUGUAAAUAUACCGUUCCUGUACAUAUUUCAAAGGAAUGCAAAGAUUUAAUAGCUCGAAUGCUGGUACGUGCUCCUGAUAAGCGCGCAACAUUGACGGAAAUUGCUGCGCAUCCGUGGUUGGCUCGCACCAGGACGGAAUCGAUUGAUAUCUUGCCGUUGGUGUCGAGGGAACAGCUCACCGAGGAGGAUCAUAAUCUCAUUGUUACGAAGAUGGUCAAUGGAAAUAUAGCUGCCAAAGAAGAAAUUCACGAAUGUUUAGAUAAGAAUGACUAUAAUCACAUAACCGCGACGUAUUUUCUACUCGCCGAGCGAAAAUUGCGUUUCAAACGUCAGGAACAGAGUGGAAAAGGUGGAAAGCGACCUGAAAAUCUUGCCGUGCCGAAUAACAACGCUCAAUCGCAGUCGAAUAAACUACUUCUGCCGGCGCCCGCAUGUCUGCUCACCGUACCGCGAACGCCAGGGGAUGUCCCGCAGCGCUCGCGCAAAUGCAGCAUUGUGCAGGAGGACGAAGAGGAGGAGGACAUAUCUAGUUCAGGGCGGGAGGAUCUGGCUGGAGGGCACAAUUCGCUAAAUAGGCGAGGCAGUCGCUCCGAGGGUCGCAUCAAUGUUGCGUUGCAGGAACGUCUCGCAGAGGCGGAGCGCCGCAAGGAGGAGAAACAACCUCGUACGAAGGCUGUGUGCAAUAUCAAAAUGUUAGAGAGUCGGCCGCGUUCAGCACACGAGACGUUGGUGGAUAUAAAGUUGACUGCUGCAAGUAAAUGGAAGUCGGAGAAGUCGGCGAGUAUACCGGAGACAACGGCUGUUUCGAUGGGCGAGAUAGAGAUACCGACUACUAUUAUCACCCAAGCUGCUACAAUGACCGCGCCCAUUACUCAAGCAAUCCCGACAUCGCCUCUCGUGAAAUACAAGACCAUGUCGUCGGCAUCUCCGUCGCCGCAAUCUCAACUCAAUGAAAUUUUUGAGGAGGGCGAUCACGGUAAUCGAGCUAGUGGUAAUCGACAGCUGGUGAAUCGUAGUCGGUAUACAGAACAACGUCGUACUAAAUUUCAUAAGACCAGGACGGCUUCGUGUAGCUCUUCGGAUGCGAGCGAUGAUGACAGUGAGAAUCGAAAAAAGCGUGCGCACAAGAUGAAUACAAACACAAGUGCAAAACCGCUGCAGCCAAGACGAGAUUCUCACGAUGAUUCAAGUGAUUCACAAGAGCCAGGCGCCAACGGAACUGCCACGAGAACUACUCAACAUGGGGCUGCUUUCACUGUACAAAGCAAUAGCGACAAUUCGAAUAAUAAUAAGGGUACCAAUGGAAAUGAGACUGCUGGCGGACGUAAACACACUACUACACCGAAUGGCGCAAUGUUAGGUCGGCGUCACAAGUCAAGUCGUCGUCGAAGUACCGAGACGCGAUUGCGCGAAAGCCAGUCCCUUAAUCGCAUCACAGAAGAACAGGACGCCAACAACGCCACCGCCAAUCUUAUCGUCCAGCCGGCGAAUGGCACUCAGAAAACCAAGAGUUUUGGUGCUAAAUUGUUUGGUUUUACGAUUGGGAAUGGGGGCGGUGGCGGUGGCGGUGGUGGCAAACGUCCUGCGUCCGAGCAUUACUCGCGUAAGGACAAGGAUAAACCGCCAAUCGAAGAAUCCAAGCCUGACAUACGUGAUGAAAAAGAGAACAAGCUUAGUUCAAAGAAGAUGCGACUUCUUGGUCGUUAUCUGCAAGUCCACAAGCGCAUCUUCAUGCCAAUUCCGAAUCUCUUUGGGCGCAACAAAUUAUACAAAGCCCGCAGUUGUGGCUCGCUAACCCGCGAUAAAAUUACCUCGAAUCCUAAUGAAGUAGAAGCAUUGCGCGCGCGUGCUGUCAGCGUUAUCCGCAACUCUGUUGGCAGCACAAGCGACAUUAACCAAAAUAUGGGCGCGACUAAAGCGGUCGCCGGAGACGAAGCAAACCUGGUAAAAAACGUCACGUCGGGGUUGAGUAAUAUGUGCGCGCACCUUGGACCGGCGUCUAAGUGUAGCUUCUGCUGACCUGUUGACUGUAUGAGCAUACCAAAGCAUUUCAUAUCUAUGCCAAGCUAUGAUCAACCUGGUCGUUUAGAGUCGCGAAACAACAAAACAUGCAUAUUAUUAGAUAAUUCAUUACAGCGUCAUUGAAAACUUAUUCACCAAAGGGUAGCUAAUUUUAAAUGCAAAUGUAUUGUUGUGUACCUAUAUUUAUAAUUUGAUAUAGUGUUGCAGUGGUCAUGUAGGUGCCACUGAUAUGAUAUUUAUUUAUUUAUAAUUCUAGACUGAGAAAGAUAUGAUUAUCUAUACUCUUGGAUACACUUGAGGGAUUUAUAAAUGGUUGGAUGCGAACUAAUGUAGUGGCCGUUCCCGUACUUAUUAAUUUUAUUGUCGAACAAGUUGAUGAAAUGACCACCCACACCGCAGCUUAAGAGUCAAAACGUAAUCAUAAUCAAAAAUAGCAAUUUGCUGUUCAUCACGAUAUCAAGUAAUAACAGUGGAAACAGUCGGACAAUAACAUGUUUUUGUUAGUUUAAGUCGUGUUCUAAAUCGCCUCGAAUGUCAUAUGCUCAGAAAUUAUCCAGACGGAGAAACAUUUUCAAUGAUUGGCGAUUGCCGUAACUUGCUACCGGCUGGCCGGUUGAACAUGUUGUAUAUCUUUAGCAUUACAAAAUGAUUAUUCCGAUUAUACGGUGUGGUAUUUUACUAUUAUAACGAAAAUGUAAUCAAACCUGGUUUAAACGAUACGUGUGCAUAUAGCUGUUAUAAGACUGACUGACGACUCUUACACUGACACUCAAAUGAUGAAACAAAAACCAAUUCAUGAAGUUUGAAUGUUAUUUGGAAUGCACAUAAAAAUGCCGAUCGAGCAAGUAUUGAACGUUUAAAAUUAAAGUUAACAUUAAAUACUUGGAGUUGGGGUAUUCGCUAAAGAGUCCUCUUUCCACAAUUUGUAUGUGCCGUGCACAACGAGUCGAUUUCACCUAAUUUAUAUUUAAUUUUUCACCUAUUGUAAUGUACAUGUGGUAAAAGCGCUGAUGCAGUGUAGAAGUGUGUUACAUUACUUAUCUUUUCUUGACUAUAUUGUAAAUGAUGUUCAGUGUAAUCAGAACCAUUCCGACUUCCUCCUUGUAACGUACGCUCCUUGUUCUUCAAAGUCAGCGGAUAUAGAAGUGUUAUAGACUAGACGAAAAAUCAAAACUGAUACAAUGAUACAAAACUGUAAAUGUUCAUGUUUUGAACGUGUAUAUACUUUUUCUUUAUAUGAAUACUAUUUACUUUUCUGCCAUAUACCAAAUAAAGUUGGUGUCGUUUAUCGAUAGAAUACUUCCUAAACGCAGAUCACGACAAAACAUUAGUUAACGACAAGCGCACUUGUCGACAAAUGUGCAAAAAGCUUCAUAUAUUCAUGGAAUUCUUGAUAUUCCGAUAUUCUGGACCUUUCUGUAUUGGCAACAAAGACUGGAGCCUGUGGGCCUACUAAAUUCUUAAAAUUCAACUGUUAAUGAAAACAUUUUUAUUUAGCACCGUAAAUGUGUGUAGAAAUAACAAAACAAAUGUAAUACAAUAAUGAAACUAUUAAUUGAUGUCAAGCUGGUCUUGUCGUUAGUAAAAUAGUGCAAUGAUGACAAAAGACGGGGAUUUGAGGAAGUGGCGGUUGUCUGAUUUAACUAAUAAUGCUGGGAUCAUUAUGGGGGAACAUUUUGAUAAAUUAAUUUUGAAAACGAACUGAAAUACCCGGAACAGUUGAUGGAUUGUGCAUGAUGUUUAUUUAUUCAGUUAGACCAUCUUCACUGCUGUUUGCCGGAAGAUUAAAUUGAAUAACUUCAUAUUUAAGCGACGUUCUCAGUUACCGAAUACAUGAAUCGCCAGGUCGUGAAUAUUUGACGAACUAAGUGAUUUUGUGCAAUAUAAAAUAUGAAUGUAUGUACUAGUUUUCUGGGACAAAUAUAUUUUAUUUUUGUUUUCUGUA